CCCCUGCCCAGGCCCCGGGCCCCGAGCUCUGGCCCUCUGACGGCCGCCGGGAUGGACGCCCUUUAUCAUCAGACCAACAAGCAGAUUCACGAGGUGCAGACUCACAUGGGGCGGCUGGAGAAGGCAGACCAACAGUCUGUUCACUUGGUGGAAAACGAGAUCCAAGCAAGAAUCGAUCAGAUUUUCAGCAACUUGGAGCGACUUGAAAUACUGACCAGCAAAGAGCCUCCCAACAGACGACAGAACGCCAAGCUUCGUGUGGACCAACUGAAAUACGACUGCCAGCACCUGCAGACAGCUCUGAAGAACUUCCAGCAUCGACGAUAUACCCGUGAGCAACAGGACAGGGAGCGAGAGGAGCUACUGUCACGUACAUUCACAACCAACGACGCCGAUACCUCAAUAGCAAUAGACGAGACCUUGCAGUUUAACACUUCUUUACACAAUGCACACAGAGGGAUGGACGAUCUUCUGGGGAGCGGGUCCUCUGUACUGAAUGGACUGCGGGAGCAGAGGAUGACACUUAAGGGAGCCCAGAAGAAGGUGUUGGAUGUGGCCAACAUGCUGGGAAUGUCUAAUACGGUCAUGCGGCUCAUUGAGAAGCGGGCUUUCCAAGACAAGUUUAUCAUGAUCAGUGGGAUGGUUGUUACCUGCCUCGUCAUGAUCUUGGUGAUCAAGUAUUUAACCUGAAUAGCGUUCGCCCUUCAGAAACCAGUCAGUAUUUCCGGGAAGAGACUGUUUUUCCUUUUCUUUCGGAAGUUUUCUUUCAGACGGCCUACCCCCAAUUUUGGGAUGAAAUACAGGCGGUUGGUCUGGACAUGUGAACCUUUUUCACAUGGUCAAGAUAUUGUGGAUCAAACGUCAGUCGCUUUGAUUAAAAACCUAACACUCCCAAUGGUAGUAAAGUGCUAGGUACUAAUUAUUUCUAUUGUCUCUUACCCAUCUCUUAGUGCUGGUGGAGAUGGUUCCUUCAACAUUGUGGUAAAGUUGACUUUAAUUGCGGUAAAUUCAGCUGCACGAGAGAGAGAAAAAGCCACCUUAAGUAAGCUUGCUUUCUUUAUCUCCUUCUCCAGCCCCUGAAACACGGUUAUUCCAGGUGACUGAAAUCAGAAUCAUUUCUUUUGAAUCCAAAUGUGGUGCAUUAGUACAUUCCCUGUCGCAGUCUGUCCCUCAGACCAACAGCCAGUGGCGAGGACUAGUCAUCACUGACAUGGUAAGGUGGUAGCUCAUUCCUUCAAUCCUUGAUUUGCUGAUCCCGGCCACCCUGAGAGUGGAGGAUGGAGAGGAGGGGAUCUGUUUCUUACCCUCCUCAUGGGAGGUAAAUUCAGGGGACAUCCCCCCCCCCCCAAGUUAGCCCGAACAUCCUGCCUUUCCUCUUGAUUAAAUAAUAACCUUUCACUUUACAAAUGUAAAAAACGUAAAUAAAUUACUCGUGGAAAUUUUCAACUGUUGCUGUUUGAGCCUGAGUGUAUUUAAGCCGGAGCCAUUGCCUUGUUGCUUGUGAUGCACUUGCUGGUGUAAGAUGUCUCGCUUACAGUUUCUGAUCCUGGGAAGAAGUCAGAAGAUCAUAGGUGCUGAGUCAGUUAGCCGGAGAGAAUGAGUUGAGAGGAAAUUGACGUUGCGAAUCUCUCUCUGUUGGAACAAGAUACGUGUGUAAAAUCUGCAGUAAAUGGGCACCUCAGUAAAUAAGAGUGCAAUAGGCUAGCCCCAGACUUAACAGCGAGGAGGUGCAUGUUUCGAAACCUGAUUCCCUUACUCUGUGCUAAGAUCAUGAUUAUCGAGCAAGUCACUCUUCCCUCUUACUGAAACGCGCAGCCACGUGUGAACGCAGCAUGCAUACCGUGGCCACGUGUUCUAAGAUUUCCGUUUGGCAGUCGGGGCAGUUACCUCUGCUUCGAACUGAACCAAGCGGGUGUUCCAUUUGAGCACCAGUCUCCUCAGUGAGUUAAAAAUGUUAUGUUUGUUCAACGUUCCAAUGACUUCCUCUCCUCAUCCUCUGGGCUGCUUCUAUAACUGGAACCUGCUAGGAUCCAUCAGCAUGAUGAGCUGUGUGUUAACAUUGCUGUACUUGGAACUCUUGUCAAACCAAUAAAUACAAAUUGUUUUAAUGGACUGUUGCUAAACUAGAUGAAGGACUGGGUCUGCCGCCUGAUUCCCGUCAUCAGUUGAGUUAGAAACUGUAUCUGGAUGUAUUUAUUCACCUAAAAGAUUGCUUGCUUGUUGUCUUUCAAUCGGAUUAAAACCUAGGUUAAAUCUUCA